ACAUCAGCAGCAGGACAAACGCAUGCGACUGUUUUUUAGACGUUUUGAAACGUUUGGCCUUCCACACAGCUAAUCUCCUACAGAAAACAAAAAAAAAAACGCGUGUAACAUUAACUGAGAACAUUGACCAAGCAGAAUUACUGCUCCAGUGCACGACGAGCAUCUACUCGACUUUUUUAGAAAAAUGGAUAUGUGUACUUCUACAGGAACUGGACACCAUGACGGCAGAGGAGACAAUUAACAUCAAGGAAGCAGAGAUCAUCAAGCUCAUCCUGGAUUUCCUCAACUGCCGAAAACUGCACAUCAGUAUGCUAGCCCUGGAGAAGGAGAGCGGUGUUAUUAAUGGUCUCUAUUCGGAUGAUAUGCUCUUCCUCAGGCAACUGAUCUUAGAUGGCCAGUGGGAUGAGGUUCUUCAGUUUAUUCAGCCACUGGAAAGUCUGGAAAAAUUUGACAGAAAAAGGUUUCGUUACAUAAUUCUGAAACAGAAGUUCCUGGAAGCACUGUGUGUGAAUAAUGCCAUGUCUGCAUUAGAUGAGCCUCAAAAUAUUGAGCUAACAAUGCAAGAGGCAGUAAAGUGUCUGAAUGCUCUGGAGGAGUUAAGCCCAUCCAAAGAGGCCUAUAGUAAACUGUGCCUGCUGCUGACGCUUCCUCAGCUCACGCACCACGCUGAGUUCAAGGACUGGAACCCGAGUACAGCACGUGUGCGCUGCUUUGAGGAGACAUGUUCUUUAGUGGCUGAGUUCAUUCCUGCUGACCGCAAGCUCAGCGAGGCCGGCUUUCGGGCUGGCUCAGACCGCCUCUUCCAGCUGCUUGUUAAGGGUGUGUUGUAUGAAUGUUGUGUGGAGUUCUGCCAGAGCAAGGCGACAGGGGAGGAGAUCGGCGAGGCAGAGGUUCUGCUGGGUAUUGAUGUGCUAUGUGGCAACGGCUGUGAUGAACCUGACCUGAGCCUGAUCUCUUGGUUGCGCAACCUUGCGCCUGCUACCUUUACAUGCCCCUUUGAGCAGAAGAUGCUCAAUGUCCACGUGGACCAGCUGGUGAAACCGACACGUACAGCCCACACUGAUCUGCUUGUGCCGCUUCUUGCUAAGUUUUCACCUUCCCCGGCCUCACCGCUGAGACGCCCUCAGUCAGCUGAAGCAUAUGUAUCACGUUCACUCAACCCGGCACUAGAUGGUCUGUCCUAUGGCCUGGUUGGUAGGGAGAGGAAAGUCACAGAGGGUGAUGGAAAACAGGCUGCUCCAAUGUCACACUCUUUUGCUAACUUUGGUUUAAACAGCAGCCACAAUGUAGUGGACAAUAACAUAUUUAUGGAGACACCAGAGAGCAGUUCGAGGUCACACACACAAGAAGAAAAAUUGAACCCUUCAGUAGAGCCUAACACACUCAGUCCCACUCAACCCCCUAAAAACGAUGGAGAACUUCCUGCUUCAGUUAAGAUGACAGAGGAGCAGCUGCAGGAGUUCCAGCGUCAGCGACUGCGUGUGCAGCAUCACUUGGAGCAGAAGCAGCAGCAUAUGCAGCUCUACCAGCAGAUGUUGCUAGAGGGAGGAGUGCAGCAAGCCAGUCAGCCCUCAGGUGCCAGCCAGCAGAACCUCACACAGACCUUCCUCAGCAGAUCCAUCCAAAAGCUGGAGGAGCUGAAUGUAGGGAUGGAAGACCUGGGGGAGAACAUGCAAGCCUUGGCUCAACAGUGUAACAGCUCACAGACUGAAGCGCAGCACAUGCAUACACCAGAGUCUGAUGGAACAGGCAAAAACAAAACUGGUGUUACGAGCAGCACUCCUCAGCGAGCAGGCAAUCGGGGAAUGCCUUCAUUAGACGAGUCUCCGGUGCUGGUCAGCCGGAGUGUGUUUCAGGAAGACAAACCCAAGUCCCCAUUCAUAUCCGUGCACAUACUGGAGGAUACACAAGCUGUGCGAGCCGUCGCAUUUCAUCCUUCUGGAAUGCUCUAUGCUGUCGGCUCAAAUUCCAAAACUUUGCGCGUGUGCAUGUACCCACAGGACCUUAGUGCCAGUGCAGAAAGUCCAGUGAGGCAGCCUGAAGUCUGCUUCAAACGCAACAAACACCACAAAGGCUCCAUCUACUGUGUGGCCUGGAGUCCAUGUGGCCAGCUUCUUGCUACAGGCUCCAACGACAAAUAUGUCAAAGUCCUACCUUUCAAUGCUGAGACCUUCAACGCUACAGGGCCAGAUCUGGAGUUUAGCAUGCAUGAUGGGACCAUUCGUGACCUGGCAUUCAUGGAGGGUCCAGAGAGUGGUGGAGCUAUCCUUAUUAGUGCAGGAGCAGGAGACUGCAACAUCUACACCACCGACUGCCACAGAGGACUAGGCCUACAUGCACUCAGUGGGCAUACAGGGCACAUCCUCUCCCUCUAUACAUGGUGCAGUUGGAUGGUGGCAUCUGGUUCUCAGGAUGAAACCGUGCGUUUCUGGGACCUGCGUGUGCCCAGCUGUGUAAAAGUGGUCAGGAGUGGCCUGCAUGGACCUGGAAGUGCAGUGGCCUCUGUGGCAGUGGACCCGACGGGACGCCUCCUGGCUGCAGGGUUAGAGGACAGCCACUGUAUGCUCUACGACAUCAGAGGGGGUCGAACAGUUCAGGUGUACAACCCCCACACCAGCGACAUUCGCUCUGUUCGUUUCUCUCCUGGAGCUCACUACCUACUCACCGGCUCCUACGACAGCAAAGUCAUGAUUACUGAUCUACAAGGAGACCUAACAAAGCCACUGCCUGUAAUGGUGGCCGGUGAACACAAGGACAAGGUGAUUCAAUGCCGGUGGCACACAAGAGACAGUUCCUUCCUGUCUUCUUCCGCAGACAAGACUGUCACACUGUGGGCACAUCAACCAUAAUCUUCUCUCAGAACUCAGAGAAAAAGCACAAAGAAAUUAGUUCCAUGUAAUUCUUUAUAAACUGACAUAAUUCAUGCAAAAGAACUUUAUAUUAUUUUUAAUUUAUAAUUUAAACUUUUCAUAAAAUAAGACCUGCAUGUUAGCUGCUAAGUAAAACAUUUCAACUGAGCCAACUAAUAAAAAUGCUGAAUGUUUAUUUAACAAACUACAGAGCUAUCAUUUGUGCCAUUUCAGCUAUAUAGAAAUUGAUUCUGAAUGUCUAAACUGUUUUCUGCCUUCAGUUGGGUAAUCCAUAGGUAGGUUUAAAGAAUGUUAUAGUAUCUCCUGGUAUGAAAUUGGGCUAAAUAGUCCUAAAAAGCUACUGCUUCUCACAUACAUUUACCAUCCACAUUAUUAGGAACACAUGUACACAUGCACAUUCAUGCCAAUACUGUGGCAGCAGCACAGUGCAUUAAAUCAGGCAUGUACAGGUCAAGAAAUUAAAGUUCACAUCAAACAUCAGAAAGGGGAAAAAAAUGUAUGAUCUCUGUAAUAUGAUUGCUGCUGCCAGAUGAGCUGGUUUGAGUUUUUCAGAAACUUCUGGGAUUUUCACACAUGCUUGUCUUUAUAGUUUACACAGAAUGAUGCAAAAACACAGAAAACUUUGAGGGAGCAACAGCUCCAUGGUUAACUUGAUUAUAUGAGAGGGAAAUGGCCAGAUUGGCUUGAGCAGCCAGGAACAAUAUAGUAACUCAUAUAAUCACUAUUUACAACUAUGGUGAGGAGAAAAGCUGCUCAGCAUUUUCAAAACAUGGAACCUUGAGGUGGUUAGGCUAAUAAAGCAGAAGACCAUAUUGGGUUCACUCCUGUCAACUAAGAAGCCGAAUCUGAGGCCUGCAGAUCCUACUCUAACAAGAUUUUUUUUCUUUUUAAAACACCAUUAUGUGUAAUUCUGUCCAGCUCAUCUGGCGCAGUUACCAAUUUACACAGUUACACAUCCUAAUGUUUGAUGUCAGCCUUAACUGAAGCUCUUGUUCUGUAUCUGCAUGAAUUCAUGCAUUGCACUGCUGCUAAAUAAUUGAAUGACUGGAUAAUUGCCUGAAUGUAUAGGUGUUCCUAAUGAUGCACACAGUGAGUGUAAUGCAGUAGAAUUAGUCUAAUAAAUAUUUAGCAUGAUGCAGAUAUUGAUUUUAGCUCUAGCUCUUCAAAGAGCAGAUUUAACACAAACCUUUUGGCAUGUGUGUUCAAAUAAAAUGUGAAAAUGUAUCAUACUGUGUGAAUGUUUAACGUAUUAAUAUAAAAAACUUCAUACUUUUGUUCACUCUAUUUGCACUUUAUGACUGCUGUGAAGCACCUUGUACUAAAUGUGCUUGAAAUGUGCAUUUGUUCCUUGAAGCCAAGCUUUAAAAACUGACAAUAUUAAAUAUACCAUU